AUGGUCGAAUGCAGUAGUGCUGAAAUGACUGCCGUUCAAAUGGACAUGGCGAACCUCAGAGAACUGGAAUUGAGUUGUAUUCAAUGGACAGAUUCAUAUCCAGAUGCAGAGUGGGCGUCAGUGUAUUUGAAACGGAAGGGUGAAUAUUGUUUGUAUGACUGCCCGUGUAUACCCAAUCGACCGGACCUACCGAGCAACAUAAAUGCUCAUAUAUUACUGCGGGAUACCGAUAUAGUUAGAUUUCGUGUUGAACUAUUUGACACCGACAACAAUGAGAUAGGGAACCUUGAGACACUGGACUAUGAAGUUUCAGAAAUCAGAUGCUCGGCACUGUUGGCUUUGGAGGGUGAUGGAAGAUUAUUCGGAUGGCUGAAAUGUAGCUUAAUGAAUGUUGAAGAUUUAAUUCAAUGGAAUGAGCCAGAAGUUUAUGAAAUUUGGCCAAUACUUAAACAGUCAGUUAGGCACCACGGUGAAUCUGGCGAGGAAACAGGAUGUUCAAUAUUAGGUUGUGACAAUGUUGGAGGGAAUGACGAAGAGGGUACGAGCCGGGCGGAGGGUUCAGCCACGGAUCUUCCACCCAUCCGUGCCUUCUAUUACCAGCCAGCUUGUCACAACAACUUUCUAGCGGGAAUUCGAUCUAAUUUGUGGAUCAUUCUCGACGCAGUUAUGCUGCCUUCUUCCGUAUUACAAGGUGGUCAACGAGACGGUCAACGAGACGGUCAACGAGACGGUCAGCGACUCGAUGAAAUGGGAAGACAGGAAAGUCCAAGAAGGCCUAUAAACGAUGCAUCACCCGACGCACAAUCAGGUAGUCCGCCGGUUCACGCCGAAAAUCUGCGGGUUCACGGCGAAAAUCCGGCAGGAAAUGUAGAGCAGGGGGCCGUUGAGAUGCGAAGAUUGUUAUUUAGUGAGACGGUCAUCGGCACGAAUGUACUAGUGCACCUGAGUAUGGGUUGUGGCUCUGCAAUGCUUGGACCCUACGUUGACGUUGGUAGAUGGGGCACUAAUCGGAUUGACCUUGGUGACAUGGUUUCAUUAAACUCCGAACAGGCCCGGUACCUGAGGAUGGUCUUCUUGUCGCCGUCAUGCGAACCGGUGGCUUACUCCUGCGUCGACUUGAUGACUUUCCUAACAACCGGUGCAAAUGUUUACCACGGAACGUGCGCUGUGAGAUUCCCUCCCUCCCGGCCGGCUGGCAUUCACCCCUAUAAUUCCCCACCGGCCGGUCGUUGUCAUUCCCUCUUAUGGUUGCAUAAUUAG